GAGUUAACCUAAUGCCCUUAAUAAUUGUUAAAAGAACAGCUGCAAUCCGCGUAUGGAUAUUUUGGCAAAAAAAAAUCUUAUCUGAGUGUUGUUGAUUUUGAGCAGCAUGACUUCAGCGAUUACGUUCUCAGCAUCAUCAUUAUCAACACGUCCAACUUCUUCAACUAAAAGGACUUCUCGAUCUUCUUCCUCGUGUAAAUAUAGCCUUCUUUGGUGGAAGAAUCCAUUAAAGCUCUGUCCUUCGCCGAGAAGGAGCAGGCAAUCGGAGAAACCGUACAGCCUCAUUUGCAGGGCUGCUGAGUACAAAUUUCCCGAUCCGAUUCCCGAAUUCGCCAAUUCUGAAACAGAGAAGUUCCGGGCUCAUCUUCUUGAGAAGCUUCACAGGAAGAAGGAAUUAUAUGGUGACUCCAUUGAAGAAAUUGUUGGUAUUUGCACGGAGAUCCUUAGCAAAUUCCUCCACACAGAGUAUGGUGGUCCAGGAACACUCAUGGUCGUACCCUUCAUUGACAUGAACGAUACCAUAACGGAGAGGGGGUUGCCCGGGGGCCCACAAGCUGCACGCAAAGCAGUUAAAUGGGCCCAAAAUAACAUUGAUAAUGAUUGGAAUGCGUGGAAUGACAAAGGGAGCAGUUGAGUUGAAAUAUGUUGUAUAUUGAGUAUCAGGUUCUCACGUAAGCAGUAAUGUUCAAGGAGUUUUUAGUUGGAGUUUUGUUGGAUUUGUUUAGAACAGGGUAGGUUGGAAAAAUCAAACACUGCUCAUGACCAGAUCAAAAUAGAGAGAUGAUGGCGAUCUCUGCUGUAUUUCUCAAGUUCGAUAUUCAAUUUGUUGAUGCAUUUCCAUUUGUGGAGUAGUUGGUUGUGUGGAUAGAUGUUUCCUGUAUUUUUAUCGUUGUUUCCUAGGAAAAUAUAGGUUUGGUCUUUGAGUAAGCUUUAGAAUAUCCUAUCACCUUUAACUCCAUGGUUGCGGCAAUAAAUUUUAUUGAGGACUUAGCUCUAUUUGAUUUAAAAAGUGUGAUCUGAUCUGAGUUUUCUGAUCUA